AACCGGCGGGGGCGGGGCCUGGCCGCCAUGUCGGAGGCGGCGGCGGGAAUGGCGGCGGCGGCGCCGAUGGCGGAGGCGCGGCUGCGGCGGAAGCAGCUGCUGAGCGCGGAGGAGGCGGAGCUAUUCGAGCUGGCGCAGGCGGCGGGCAGCGGGCUGGACCCGGAGGUGUUCCGGGUGCUGCUGGACCUGCUGCGCAUGAACGUGGCGCCGCUCGCCGUGUUCCAGGUGCUGAAGUCGAUGUGCGCCGGGCAGCGGCUCCCGCCGGGCCCCGAGAGCGGCCCCUCCGCGCCGGCGCCGCUCCCCGCCGACACCCGAGGGAGAAAUAAAGCCAGCUCUGCUGUCAGUGGGACACAGAUUGUGGCCGAAAGAAGCAGCCGGGAAGGAUCUGCCCAGAGGAUGCCCCGACAGCCGAGUGCAAGCAGGAUGCAGAAGGCAGGAACCUCGGGGAAGAACAGCGGGGGAGGCAACAGUACCUAAAUAAGGCCUUGGAACAGAUAGAUUUUGAUUUGACAAUGUAUAUAAACUGUGCUUGUUAAAGCUG